AAAAACAGUAAAGAGGGACGAAAACGUUUAUGUUUUUGGAUCUAAAGUCCUAAAUUUUAAUCAGUGUUUCCAGAAGCGGAAGAAAAACAGCACGGUAAAGCGAUGGACAUCGGUAGUUUGGAAACUGUCGUAGCAAACUCAGCUUACGUGUCAGCCUGAGGCGGCGCGGAUGGAUGUGCAGCCGCCGCCAUGCGCGACAAAAAAAUGCGUGCCAAGCUGAAGCUUCUUCACGUCAGAGACUGCCAACACGUGAAGACCACUGUAGACACAACCUUUGAAAGCAUGUGCACCAAACAACCCAUCGGCAAGCGCUUGUUUCAGCAGUUCCUCCAGAGUAGUGCCUCCUACAAAGAUGCUGGAGAGCUGUGGAAAGACAUAGAAGACUAAGGUAUAAGUCAGGAGAAGGCCCGGAGGAUGGUCAACACGUAUUAUGAGACAGCUUCAAAGCAUUUCUGCAGUUUCCUGCAGAAGGGUGCGAUUGUGGAGAAACGUAUCCUUGCCAAAGUUCACAGCCGUUUUAUAGUGACCCUGGCUUAUGCAUUCCAGACCAAGACUGACCUUUGUCUGGUCAUGACCCUUAUGAAUGGUGGAGAUCUCAAGUUUCACAUGUAUAACGUAGACGAGAAGAAUCCAGGUUUUGAUGAGAAGAGAGCACGGUUUUACACAGCUCAGAUUAUCUGUGGGUUGGAGCAUCUUCAUCAGCACAGGAUCAUCUACCGGGACCUGAAGCCAGAGAACAUUCUGCUGGACGAUGCCGGUCAUGUCCGGCUGUCAGAUUUGGGUCUUGCUGUUGAGCUUCCACCUGGAAAAGAUAAAACUAGAGGCUAUGCUGGGACUCCAGGUUUUAUGGCUCCAGAGUUGCUACAGAAGUUACAAUAUGACUACAGAGAGAUGAUUGCUGCUAAAGGUCCAUUUACAGUACGCGGAGAGAAGGUGGAAAAUGACGAGGUUGCUAGAAGAACCUUGAAUGAUCCUGUUUUCUAUCCGCCGAGCUUCAGCAAGGAGUGCAAGAACCUUUGUGAAGGUCUGAUGGAGAAAAACCCGGCAAAACGACUGGGCUUCAAGGACAACGAAUGCACAGAGCUCAAAAAUCUGCCAUUCUUCAAAGAAAUUAACUGGGGGCGCCUGGAAGCAGGCGUGCUACCUCCACCAUUUGUCCCUGAUCCCAAAAUGGUCUACGCCAAAGACAUCAGCACAAUCAAAGGAGGGGUCCUGGACAAUGAGGACGCAGAGUUUUACCAUGAUUUUGCUUCUGGAAACAUCCCGCUUCCCUGGCAGGAAGAGAUGAUAGAGACAGGCGUGUUUGGAGAAAAGAACGUCUGGGGCGAGGGUGGCAAGCUGCCCAAUGAUCUCGACCCAAACUACGUGGAGGCCAAAGGUGGAGUCUGUGUGCUGCUGUGAGCGAGAGACGGAAACAGAGCGGAAAGAAGAAAAUAUUGCCAACUUAAGCAUUAGCCUUUGUCUUGGAAAACAAAACGUUCGCUUAUUUACCAGGAAGAAUGAACUGAUACUGAAGAUUUCUGAGCAAGAAUCAUACUUAUGAAACUGAUAACAGAGUUUUCUCUGUAACAGAAACUCAUUUGCACCAGGUUUGAUCUCACCAAUUAACCAGAGACAGGAGAAGCUUAGAGAAACUCCCUGCAGGAGAGAGAUGGGAGGAAGGCACCGUGCACGUGACUGAUAAGACAUAAAAGGAGAGUUUUAUGUGUUAAGCUUCACUUCUUCUUCCUUUUCUUUUCUCAGGCGCUGAUAUUUACUCCGAUUUCCUUAAUAAAAUAUCUAAAGACAAAUGUGCAUUUCUCUCUAUUCAGUGUAUCGCUCUCUCUCAAAACGAAAAAGAUUUUUCCCAAACACCUUUUAGCACAUCUCAAAUGCACAAAUACACAACUUGUAUGUCUUUUUUAGUCCAUAAAAUAUCACAGUGUUAAAGUAUUUCCUAACAAAUGUCAAUGUGGCUACAGUCAAAUGAAUAUA